UUAUCAUUAUCGAAUUUCAUAUUGAUGGUAGAAUAUCGAAGAUGGAUUAAUCAUAUGUUUUUUUUUGUUUUCUGCAAUGCGAAUAUGCAUGGCAUCCGAUUUCUUUUAUCCCAGUAUUGGGGGCGUAGAAGAACACAUCUUCAAUUUAACUCAAAUUUUAUUAAAACGGGGACAUAAGGUAAUCAUUCUAACUCACUGCUAUGGCGAUUCCAAAGGUGUGCGCUAUCUUACAAAUGGUCUCAAAGUCUACUAUUUGCCAAUCAAAGUUUUCUAUAGCCAAUCUAUAUUGCCCACGAUGAUAUGCAAUGUACCACUAAUAAGAGCUGUCCUUCUUAGAGAAGAAAUAGAAAUUGUGCAUGGACAUUCCGCAUUUUCGGCUUUGGGUCAUGAAGCCAUGAUAAUUGGUUCAUUAAUGGGAUUAAAGACUGUAUUCACAGAUCAUAGCUUAUUCGGGUUCGCUGAUUUGUCUGCGGUUUUUACCAACAAAAUGUUGGAAAUUGAUUUAACAUGCGUGGAUCAUUGUAUAUGUGUUUCUCAUAUAGGAAAAGAAAAUACGGUUUUGCGUGCAAGAGUUCCAAAGGAUCAAGUUUCCGUAAUACCAAAUGCUGUUGAUACUGUACUGUUUACACCUGACCCUAUCAAGAGGCCGCAGGACGAUACAAUUAACAUUGUUGUUGCAUCACGUUUAGUUUAUCGUAAAGGUAUUGAUCUCUUAUCCGGUAUAAUUCCACGAUUUAAAGGAGAGAAAAAUGUACAUUUUAUAAUUGUUGGUGAUGGAUUAAAACGCGAGUUGUUGGAGGAAAUACGCGAAAAGGCUAAUAUGCAGGAUAGAGUUCAAAUGAUUGGUGCAGUAGAGCAUGCUCAAGUUCGUGACUAUCUGGUGCAAGGUCAUAUAUUUCUUAAUACUUCGUUAACAGAAGCUUACUGCAUGGCUAUUGUGGAGGCUGCAGCUUGUGGCCUACAAGUAGUAUCCACUCGUGUAGGUGGCAUACCAGAAGUUUUGCCGGAUAGCUUAAUCAUACUUACAGAACCAGAAGUAGAUUCUAUUUACGAUGGCAUCAUGAAAGCCAUUAAGCGUUUAACAAAUUUUCGAGAAAAAUGCGCCUUAAACGGACCUAGUAGUAUAUCAACAAUGGGAAAUGGCAUUACACACGGAGCAGAUGGAAAAGGAGCUAGGAAAAAGAAUUAUACAAAACACAAGCAUGAAAAGCAAAACUCUUGCCAGCCUUCAACAAAUGAUAAUAAUGACACGUUAUCAGCCAAAGCAGUAUUAUGUCCAUACAAAUGUAAUGAAAUUGUGGCUUCCCUCUAUAAUUGGACUAAUGUUACGCAACGUACCGAGAAAGUAUAUGAGAGAGUUUUAAAGGAACCUUCUCGUAGUUUGGGACAAAUUUUACAUUCCUAUUUACGGGCCGACGUUUGGUCUAUAUUAUUGCCAAUUUCCAUGAUACAUUUGAUAUUAUGUUUCUUAGAAUAUAUGCGUCCCAGCCGCUAUAUGGAAAAGGCCAAAGAUCUUCCACGUUCAAAAUGAAUUUAAAAUAAUGUAUAUUUAUGAUUUUUUUUCUAUCUUUAUAAGGAAUGAGAUUGCACGCCUAUUACAACAACAAUAAUGACAUAUAAUGCCAUGCAUUAUAAAUACAAAUGAAGAGAUUAUGUAAGGGGCAGAAAAAGAUAGAUACGUAUAUUACUUUAAAUUUAUUGUUUUUAUUACUAAUAGCUAACACACACAUCAAUAACUAUGUUAUUGAUAAUGGUAUCGAUUCUAUAAAUAGCAAUUUAUUAUUAAUCGGUAUUGGGGCAUGGAAAUUGGGAAAAAAUCAAGCUUAUUUCCUUUAACUGAACUCCAGAAAUACUAAAUAAUAAAAAAAAAUGAUUCUGAAAAAUUGAAAAUUUAA